GCGUAGUGGACCGUAAACAAACCUCGUCGCAUCCCAAGUUCGACUCACCUCAAGAAAGAUCGCAGUCCUCACACGACCCAUUGUUGCACGAUGCCACCACGAACGGCCAACGUUACCCUCUCCGGUAUGGUGGAAGAUUUUUCAGAGGACGAAUUUGCUAGAGAUGGUGACGCCCUGCUCACGCCCGACUCCGCAGUCGAGAAUCGCGCCCCUGCGCGGAAGGGAGGGAAAUCAAAAGCCAAGCAAAAAGCUGCCACCUCGAGAGUCGCCAAAGUAAACACGCGGCGUGCAAGCGGAGCAAGCGUUCUCGAACCCAAGAAGGCAGCGGCAGAAAAGAAGUCCAGGGCACCUACGAAGCGUUCUGCUCUGGCAGAGAGAGACACAAAUGCCGACGAAACCGAGGAGGUGGAUGAGUUUGAGGACGAUGCAGCCACGAAGCGAAAUGCGAAAGACGCUGUGCCUGCCGCGAAAGCUACAAGGGCUACAAAGCGAACAAAAGCUAGAGUCGACGAAAGCAUUGUAGAGCCUGCCGAGGCUCCGAAGAAGAGCAAGGGGAGGCCUACCGCGGCGGAGAAGAAAGCAGCCAAGUUGGCAAAGCAAACGGCAUUGCCAGAGACUGUUCCAGAAACACAAGUAGACCCCAUGGACGUCGAGGAUUCAGGAGAUGUGGAGCAAGUGCCGGAGACUCAGCCAGUCGUGCGAGCCGCGCAACGAAACGGGCGACAUCAGACCUUACAACCGAUAGCAUCAAGCAGACCUCGACCGACGACUGGAGCACAUCGAAGAGCUGGGAGCGCAUCAGACACUGAGAGGGGAGACCCCAUGCUACGGAGGAAGCUGGGUGAAAUGACCAAGAAGUUUGAUAACAUUGACCUGAAGUACAAACAACUGCGAGAUCUCAGCAUGCAAGAGAAGGAAGGCAACUUUGAGAAACUCAAGCGCACCACCGAUAAACGAGAACAAGACCAGAAUAACAUCAUCACGGCUCUGAAGGGUCAACUUGAGGAGCAGAAAGCCAUUGCGAGCCAGGCCAAAACGUUACGUACUGAGGUCGACGGACUCGAGGACGAUGUCAAGCAAUUAGAGAUUGAAAAGAAAAAACUCACCACCCAGUUGAACGAAUCUCAGAACGAGAUCAAAUCACUGCAGGCUAGACUUGCCGCGUCGAGAGCACAGAGCUCGGAGCCAGCCAGAGCGCCGGCCAAUGCAGCCAAACAAAGACAAAUCUACACAGGUACAGCUGAUGCCGUCAAGGAGGCUCAGACACGGCAAUUGAAAGAAGACUUGUAUAGCGACCUCAGCGGCUUGAUCAUCACGGGCAUUAAGCAGAAUGGCGAAGAAAACGUCUACGAUUGUAUCCAGACAGGCAGAAACGGCACGCUCCACUUUCACCUUACCAUCCCAUCAGACGAAGAGCAGAAAGCGACGGGCCAAAGCUACGAGGAUGUCGAAUUUGCUUAUACGCCCUUCCUGGAUCAAGCCCGGGAUAAAGAUCUGAUCCAGAUUUUGCCAGACUACCUGCUGGAAGAGAUAUCCUUCCCUCGUCACCACGCUGUCAGGUUCUACGCAAGGAUUAACGAUAGUAUUACGAAGAAGGUUGAAUUCGCGGAAUAGAAUACGAAUUCGAUGCGUUAUUGGGAGCGGGCAUUGUUUUGUAGCUUGGGAGGAGCACGUUCAGAGCAUGACAGGAGUAUCGGCGUGUGAGCGGAACAUGAUUUGGGGGGUCAAUACCAGGCUGUAGGGUCAUCCGGGUAUACUAAUCACACUGAGGACGUCACUGCCGCACUCAUUGUGAUAACUGCGCUGUCGUUCUAUUAAAAGGAUGCUGAGACAGAUUGGCGAAGGCAAUAAAGUUACUGAUGCGUUGGACAGGUCAUGUGGUGAAGUUUCGAUUGUGAUGUACAUGUCGCCAUAUCUACAGAGCCACGAUGUGCAGGCA